AUGGUCCGUGGCUGCAAACUCGUUCUGCCACUUCUGCCACGGGACCAGAGGGGGGACCAGAGGGGGGACCAGAGGGGGGACGGGACCAGAGGGGGGACCAGAGGGGGGUCCAGAGGGGGGUCCAGAGGGGGGACCAGAGGGGGGACCAGAGGGGGGACCAGAGGGGGGACCAGAGAAGGGGCCAGAGGGGGGACCAGAGGGGGGACCAGAGAAGGGGCCAGAGGGGGGACCAGAGGGGGGACCAGAGGGGGGGUCCAGAGGGGGGACCAGAGGGGGGACCAGAGGGGGGACCAGAGGGGGGACCAGAGGGGGGUCCAGAGGGGGGACCAGAGGGGGGACCAGAGGGGGGACGGGACCAGAGGGGGGACCAGAGGGGGGACCAGAGGGGGGACCAGAGAAGGGGCCAGAGGGGGGACCAGAGGGGGGACCAGAGAAGGGGCCAGAGGGGGGACCAGAGGGGGGACCAGAGGGGGGACCAGAGGGGGGUCCAGAGGGGGGACGGGACCAGAGGGGGGACCAGAGGGGGGACCAGAGGGGGGACCAGAGGGGGGACCAGAGGGGGGACGGGACCAGAGGGGGGACCAGAGGGGGGACCAGAGGGGGGACCAGAGGGGGGACCAGAGAAGGGGCCAGAGGGGGGACCAGAGGGGGGACCAGAGAAGGGGCCAGAGGGGGGACCAGAGGGGGGACCAGAGGGGGGUCCAGAGGGGGGACCAGAGGGGGGACCAGAGGGGGGACCAGAGGGGGGUCCAGAGGGGGGACCAGAGGGGGGAGAGGGGGGACCAGAGGGGGGACGGGACCAGAGGGGGGACCAGAGGGGGGACCAGAGGGGGGACCAGAGGGGGGACCAGAGAAGGGGCCAGAGGGGGGACCAGAGGGGGGACCAGAGAAGGGGCCAGAGGGGGGACCAGAGGGGGGACCAGAGGGGGGACCAGAGGGGGGACCAGAGAAGGGGCCAGAGGGGGGACCAGAGGGGGGACCAGAGAAGGGGCCAGAGGGGGGACCAGAGGGGGGACCAGAGGGGGGACCAGAGGGGGGACCAGAGGGGGGUCCAGAGGGGGGACGGGACCAGAGGGGGGACCAGAGGGGGGACCAGAGGGGGGACCAGAGGGGGGACGGGACCAGAGGGGGGACCAGAGGGGGGACCAGAGGGGGGACCAGAGGGGGGACCAGAGAAGGGGCCAGAGGGGGGACCAGAGGGGGGACCAGAGAAGGGGCCAGAGGGGGGACCAGAGGGGGGACCAGAGGGGGGUCCAGAGGGGGGACCAGAGGGGGGACCAGAGGGGGGUCCAGAGGGGGGACCAGAGGGGGGACCAGAGGGGGGACCAGAGGGGGGACCAGAGGGGGGACGGGACCAGAGGGGGGACCAGAGGGGGGACCAGAGGGGGGACCAGAGGGGGGACCAGAGAAGGGGCCAGAGGGGGGACCAGAGGGGGGACCAGAGAAGGGGCCAGAGGGGGGACCAGAGGGGGGACCAGAGGGGGGACCAGAGAAGGGGCCAGAGGGGGGACCAGAGGGGGGACCAGAGAAGGGGCCAGAGGGGGGACCAGAGGGGGGACCAGAGGGGGGACCAGAGGGGGGACCAGAGGGGGGUCCAGAGGGGGGACGGGACCAGAGGGGGUCCAGAGGGGGGACCAGAGGGGGGCUUAG